UGAGUGCUCACUGGAAGGACAGAUCCUGAAGCUGAGGCUCCAAUACUUUGGCCACCUCAUGAGAAGAGAAGACUCCCUGGAAAAGACCCUGAUGUUGGGAAAGAUUGAGGGCACUAGGAGAAGGGGACGACAGAGGAUGAGAUGGUUGGACAGUGUUCUCGAAGCUACGAACAUGAGUUUGACCAAACUGCGGGAGGCAGUGGAAGACAGCAGUGCCUGGCAUGCUCAGGUCCAUGGGGUCAUGAAGAGUCGGACACGACUAAACAACAAAAUUCUUGCCUCUGUCUUCCCUGACUUAAUUUGAGUAAGAACCCUCCAGUACUUAGUCUAAGAAUCUGUCUUCAAUAGCAGACCUGAUACUAUUAUAUGGAAAGAAAAGCAUGUCUGAGCAGGUGCAGAGUGCUUUUCCCUCACUGGCUGCUGUCUUCUACCACCCUACACACUAAAUAUUCACCAGCAGGUUACCUCUGAGUGAAGAUGUAGGCAAGGCUAUCCAGCAUAAAAUCUGAGCCCACAUCUCUAAACACACACACACGGCUCUGCCCCUUCCCUCCCUCAUUCCAGCAACCCUACUCCCACACUGGGAGAAGACACUUCAAAAAAACCAUGUGAUUGCACUCUGAAUUAGGUUGAUUAAAAAAACUAAGGUGGAAAUUGUCAUUAGAUCAAUAGUCACUGAUUACUUUUGACACAAUCCUGCUGAAGAGGAGCUGCACUGUGUUUCUCAUCCAUUGUGGUGCUUACCCAAUCUCCAUUGAGCUUUCUAGACGGGAUGCAGUACGUUAAUGGAAGUUUGUUUUUAUACCUGUUAUUAAAUAAAAAGGAAUGAAAUGUUAUUUUGUAAAGCUUUUUAAAACACUGCAUUUACUGACUGAUCCAUUGGGUGUCACUGUUCACCAAGGAGGAGAGAAACUGGAUUGAACCAGAUAGAUCACGGAGAUGCAAAGACACAAAAGGUUUAUUAUAAUCUCUGACCUAAAAGAAAAAGGAGGAUCUUGUUUGAUGGAAAAUAAAAGGAAGCCUUAAACAGGCACAUUAGUCUAUUAAGAGAGCCUUUAAACACUGGUGCUUGUUAUCUAUGGACUGAUAGGACCUGGCAGAGGCUGAAAUGGCUUGUAUACAAAUACUCUUGGAUAGAAGGAGACGGUCAUCCUGCCUUGUACUGCUAGCUGUUUUUCAGGCAGUUGCUGGACAGAUCCAUUAUUCAGUUCCUGAGGAACUGCAGGAAGGUUCUUUUGUUGGGGAUAUCUCACAGGAUCUGGGAUUGGAUAUGAAGCAACUCUUGCCUGGCGGUGUCCAGAUUAUUACAGAAGGUAGGACACAAUAUUUUGCCCUCAAUUUCCAAAAUGGCCAUUUAUAUAUUAAUGAAAGACUAGAUAGAGAAGAAAUAUGUGGACGUCUGUUAACUUGUAUUUUGAAGUUGGAGAUUCUUAUUCAGGAGCAGCUAAAAGUCUAUACAGUAGAAAUUGAAAUCGAAGAUAUCAAUGACAAUGCGCCAGCCUUCCAAGUGGAGACAUUGCAGCUAAAUAUCCCAGAAAGUACACCUGUGGGAUCCCGAUUCCUCCUUCCAGAUGCACAGGACCCAGAUUUAGGAGUGAACGCUUUACAGAGCUAUCAAAUCAGCCCUAACAGACACUUCUUUCUUGAUGUGCAAAUGACAGCAAGUGGAGCCAAAUAUGCUGAGUUAGUACUGGAAAAGUCUAUGGACCGAGAAGGCCGCAGGUUUGACAUGCCUGACUUAAUCCUUACAGCCAGUGAUGGGGGGAAUCCUGUCAAAUCCGGAACUGCACACAUCAAAGUUUCUGUUGAAGAUGCAAAUGACAAUGCGCCAGUUUUUUCAGAAUCUGUUUAUAAAGUGACCACUGCAGAAAACAUUCCUGUUAAUUCCCUGCUUGUAGCAGUCCAUGCUACUGAUCUGGAUGAAGGCAUUAAUUCAGAGAUAACAUAUGCAUUCAGGCAGGUAUCAGAAAAGGCUUCAAAUAGUUUCCAUUUGGAUCCGAGAACUGGAGAAGUAAGGGUGAGGCAGGAGAUAGAUUUUGAAGAAUGUGCUUUGUAUGAAAUGGAGGUCCAAGCUCGUGAUGGAAGAGGCUUAUCGGGUCGAGCGAAUAUUUUGUUGGCUAUUACUGAUGUAAAUGAUAAUGCACCAGAAAUUGCAGUCACAUCUCUUACUAAUGCUGUGAGUGAAGACUGCCCAGAAGGAACGAUAAUUGCCCUGUUAAAAGUAAUAGACAGAGAUUCUGAAGACAAUGGGCUGGUUACCUGCUCCAUCUUUGGCAACCCGCCAUUUCAUUUAGAGAAAACGUUUGAUAAUUAUUACAGUUUAGUGACUGGCAGAGCCCUGGACCGAGAAGAUGUAUCUAAUUACAAUGUUACAGUUAUUGCAACAGAUAAAGGAAAUCCUCCUCUCUCCACAACCACCACUAUUCAACUGAAAAUACUAGAUAAAAAUGACAAUCCACCCACCUUUAAAAAGAAGUCCUAUAUUACUUCAAUUACAGAAAAUACUUCAGCUGGAGCCUCUGUUUUAACACUAAAAGCAACUGAUCCUGACUGGGAGAUGAAUGGCAAAAUUACUUAUUCAAUCACUGAAGGUGAGAUGAGUUACUCCUUCUUCUCCUCCUGCCUUUCUAUAAACUCUGAGACUGGAGUAAUCUAUGUCUUACGGUCUUUUGAUUAUGAAGAGAUUCAAGAGAUUAAGUUCCUGGUCAAAGCCCAAGACGGAGGUUCUCCACCACUCAGCUCCAAUGUCUCAGUGACUCUCUUCAUCCUGGACCAAAAUGACAAUGCUCCCCAAAUCCUAUACCCCUCCCCUCCCACCGACGGCUCCACAGGGAUAGAGCUGGCCCCUCGCUCCUCUGAGCCAGGCUACCUGGUUACUAAGGUGGUGGCCGUGGAUGCGGACUCUGGCCAGAAUGCCUGGCUCUCCUACCAGCUGAUCAAGGCCACUGAGCCAGGGCUCUUCACUCUGGGGCUCCACACGGGAGAGAUCAGGACAGCCCGCUUCUUUCUGGAGAAAGAUGCCCUCAAGCAAAGCCUGGUGGUUUUAGUCAAGGACAAUGGGCAGCCUCCAAUGUCGGUUUCAGUCACUGUUACUGUGGUCUUGGCUGACAGCAUCCCUGACAUGCUCACUGAUCUGGGCACCAUCUCAGCUCCUAUCAGUCUUGAGUCUGACCUCACUUUCUACCUGGUGACUGCAGUGGCUUUUGUCUCCUGCUUGUUCUUCACUUUCCUCCUUGUAUUAUUGGUACUAAGGCUUCGUAAGUGGAGACAUUCUCAGUUAUGUGACACUGGAAGUGUAAAUUUAAAUGGGGUUCCUGUUUCACAGUUUGUAGGCAUUGAUGGAGUCAGGGCAUUUCUUCAGACUUAUUGCCAUGAAUUUUCACUCAGUUCGGGCUCUCGGAAAAGUCAGAUUUUUUUCCCCAUUGAAAGCUGUACAAACACACUGACAGGACAUCAGGCUUCUCAAAUCUCUGGACCUCUGUUUACUGCAAAUGAUUCAAAUAUCAAUAAGGAAGGGCAGAGCUGCAAACAGGUAUGUUUUGCAUUCACUAAACUUUGAAAAGGUUUUAUAAAUUGGUGAUGAAUAUUUGUGUGAAAAUUGCUCUCUAAGAUUAUGUCAAUAUAUUUAUCUAGUUGUAUUAUUUUUACCCUUUAUUUAAUGUUCAAGAAUAACUUCACUGCAGCUGAACAAGUGUUUCUGUAAGAAUCACUGUAAGAACUGAAACAUUUAACAAAUCUUUAUAAUCUUGAAGAUAAUUUUGCCUUUUUUUACUUAUUCACACUGUAAUUUGCUGUUUCACAUUUAAUCUAAGUUUAACACACUUCUUAAGAAACAUCUCCUUUGUUUAAUGUUUGUGUUUAAAUGGUAGUGGAUCUUCAUAUGUAUUGUUGCCACCCCAAUCUCCAAGCAAUGUGAAAUUCCAUGGAUUCCAGGUUCAUGUUUCCUUUUGGAAUGAGGAACAGUGGAGACUGUGGUGUCUAUGAUAUAUUGUUUAUUUACACAUAUACACAACCUGAGCCUAUGAUGGAGGGGUUUUGCUUCCGCCAUAGCCAAACCUUGUAUUCAAGCAGAAAUCAGGCGUAACUUUGUAUCCCAGCUUCCCAGCCUGCACACUCUCUUCUACCUUUCAUCUCACGUAACUAAACUCUCAAUUCUGGCCUUUGUCUUUCUAGCUAACGGUUUGUUGAGGGAGGGAAGCCUUUGUCAUGCGGCACAGAGACACUUCCUUUUUUACCUUAAAGGUCCACACUUAGAGGGCCAUUAUCUUAUCAGGAAGUUAGCCUAGCUAUUCCAGGAAUUAAAUCCAUGCUGGAUCCAUGAAUUAGAAGGGGGGCAAGACAUACAGCCUUCUUUUCCCUCCAAACUCAUAACAGUAUUAAAACAAGAAGAAGAAGAAACAGGGAGGUCUUCAUCUGCUUCAAAGUCCAAGCCAGAGAAUAAAACAUAGCGGUAGUCAAGGUGGGAGAUGCCUAGAGAAUUUUAGGUAAGGGGAUAGAUAGCUGAACCAGUUGUAGGGAAACAGGAGUAGGGGAUCAAGAAUAAAGCAACAACUUCAUACUCUCUAAUAAGACCCUCUUAAAAUGCAGCUGAGCUUCUGUGUAUCUGCAACACUAAAGUUCAUUUUUUCAUGAUUGUAGAUUAUACCUCACAUUCUACUCUAUCACAUGCUUUUUCGGGAAAGUAAAAGAAGACUAGUUCCACUGCCUGGAUCUUAAUUGAGAGUUUUAAAAGAACCAAGCUUUUAAAUCUUUAACUCCAUAUUGGACUAAACUGACAUACCCAGGCAGAAGAGCAGUCCAACCACAGGGAGUGUUGGCGUAUUUAAGCAGAGUAACUAUUGCACAACAAAAAGCAUUUUGGGGAGACUGCAAAGUAUAAUCAGGAGUGGAUUUAAUUAAAGAAAAAUAACAGAAGUUACACUAAUCAUAAGAACUUUACAGAAACAUGACCCAUCCAGAGACCCACCACCCAGGGUACUGAGCAAGGUACGCAGACUACUCAUAUACUGUAUGCGAUUACUGACAUGCCUUAAAUCAAUACAAACUUAACAUCAGCUGCUGUACUGCCCCACAGCUGCAAAACUAGGUCACUACAUUUCCUUCUUUCUUUUAAAGAGAUACACAUUUCUGUGGAACAGUAAUGAAUCUCAAACUGUUCACUCAACAUUUCCCCUGCGGUUCAUUAUUGUGGAACAACAUCAAGCAUAUUUUGUACAUGUCUUUCAUGUGUGACCUUUGGAAGCAUUUUAGUAAAAAUAUCCGCAAUUUGACUGUCACCCGGAACAUACUGAAAUACAAUUGUUUCGCCAGCAAUCAUUUUCUUUACAAAUUGCAAAUGUAAUCUCAAUACUCUAGUGCGCUGUGUAUUAGUUUCUGAACACAGAAUAGCGAGUCUGCUCUGGGAAUCAAGAUAAACUUUCACUGGUAAUGUUACUUGCAUCUUCAAAUCUUCAGAUACUUGUAAAUACCAUUCAGUAUCACAAAUGGCCUGAACACAUGCGCACAGUUCACUCUCAGUUGUGGAGAGACAAAUAAUUGUUUCAUUUUGAGACUUCCAUUCAAAAAGACACCCGUUAUAAAAAAAACAUCAUACCAGACACACCUCUGUAAUUAUUUUGCUCCACUGCAUGAGAUGCAUCACAGAAAAUUUCAAAACCUUUGUCAAUCCAUGAUGUAAACUGCAACCUAUAAUGUUUUGUAUGUUUGAGAUACAUUACCACUCUUUUAAGAGUAGAAAAACAUUGCAUAGUGGGCUCUUCCACAAAUUUUGCCAGAAAAUGAAAAGCAUACGUUAUAUCUGGUCUUGAAAUUCUUUGAAUGAAAUUAAGCUUGCCUAUGGCAGAACGAUACACAUUUUGUUAAGAAAUGGCUUAUCUUCAUCUGUAAAUGUGAAACCACACACCAUAGGCUUUUGCCUUUCUCAAUUUGCAUGGAUAAGUAAUUUUUGUUGUUGUUGUUUAGUCGUUUAGUUGUGUCCAACUCUUCGUGACCCCAUGCACCAGAGCACACCAGGCACUCCUGUCUUGCACUGCCUCCCGCAGUUUGGUCAAACUCAUGUUCGUAGCUUCGAGAACACUGUCCAACCAUCUCGUCCUCUGUUGUCCCCUUCUCCUAGUGCCCUCAAUCUUUCCCAACAUCAGGGUCUUUUCUAUGCCCAAUUCAACCACAUCAAAUUUUCUCUGUAACUGUGACACUAUUUGUUUAUAUUCCUGUUUAGUUUUUGUAGAAGUUAACACGCCAUCUACAUAAACACAUAUUUUUGUUACAGAAUUUGCAUUUCCUUUUACAAACACACAGUUGCCUGCUUUUCCUUGCGAAAAACCAAAAUGCAGUAAUUCUUUCGCCAAUGAUUGCUGCCAGUUUCUCCCACUCUGGUGCAAACCAUAAAGAGAUUUAUUUAGUUUGCAUACCAAUCCUUCAGCAGCAUUUACACCAUCAGGAAUUCACAUAAAAAUUUGUUAUUUUAAAUCUGCAAACAAAUAUGCAGUUUUUAUAUCUAAAUGAUAAAGAGAAUGUCCACGCUGGGAUGUGUCUUUUAACAAAAGCUUAACUGUCUCAUAUUUUACACUUUGUGAGUAACAUAAAUCAUAAUCCUUGCCUGGAACUUGUUGAAAUCGCCUGGCUACUAAUCUUGCCUUGUACCUUACCACUUCAUUCUUGUCAUUCAUUUUAACUUUAUAAACCCACUUUGAGUCAAUUACUCUCAUAUCUGGGGUUUGUGGUACAAGAGUCCAAGUGUUAUGCUCUUUUAAAGAAGUUAUCUCAGAAUCCAUUUCUUUAUACCAAUUCACAGC